CACCUCUGCAUUUAAAGAAAAGUUCGUUCGAGGAGAGCUAUUCCAACUACCCUCACCAAAUUGCAAUGACUGUCAUCAUAUUUAUUUUCCAUCACACCCAUGUAUUUUUGCUAUUCACUGCCUAUGCAAACCCCCAUUUUCCCCUUUGCCCACCACCUUCUUCUUCAACAACAUAGCAACCCCUUUUUACGGCCAACGCGCAAGAUUGGAUUUUUACGCUUGUUUCAGGUAUUUCUGCAGAAAAUGGAGAAAUUUGCUGUUAAGGUAGAAGAAGGAAAGAAAGGUCGAGAUGGGCAACCAUCUGUUGGUCCCGUUUAUCGUAAUCUACUGGCAGAACAUGCUUAUCCUCCCAUUGAUCCUAACAUAUCCACUUGUUGGGAUAUUUUCAGAGAGUCAGUAGAAAAACAUUCUGGAAAUAGGAUGCUCGGAUGGCGUGAGUUUGUCAAUGGAAAGUGGGGACCUUAUGUUUGGAAAACUUACAAGGAAGCGUACCAAGAGACUCUACAAGCUGGUUCCGCCUUGCGGAAACAUGGUUUUGAACCUGGUGCUCGAGUUGGAAUUUAUGGAUCAAAUUGUCCUCAGUGGAUUGUUGCAAUGGAGGCCUGCAACGCCAACAGCUUUAUUUGCGUUCCUCUGUAUGAUACCCUUGAUCAUGCUGAGAUUGAUGUUGUUUUCGUUCAAGAUGCGAAAGUAAAGGAACUACUGAAUCCUGAAUGCGCUCAUGCUCAAAGGCUAAAGUUGAUUGUUUGCUUCACUUCAUUAACGGACGAACAAAAGGAUAAGGCUGCCUUUAUUGGCAUCAAAACAUGUUCUUGGAAAGAGUUCCUUAAUAUGGGAAGAGAAAAUCCGUGUGAAAUUUCCCCUCCAAAACCGUCAGACAUUGGUACGAUUAUGUACACCAGUGGCACGAGUGGUGACCCUAAAGGUGUAAUAUUAACCCAUGAAAACAUUUCAACAAACAUAAGAGGCGUGGAUCUUUUCAUGGAGCAAUUUGAAGACAAGAUGACGGUGGAUGAUGUGUACAUUUCAUUCUUACCCCUUGCUCACAUUCUCGAUCGUCUGAUCGAAGAAUAUUUCUUCCACAAGGGUGCUUCUGUCGGCUACUAUCAUGGGAAUAUCAAUGAGAUCAGGGAUGAUCUGCUCGAGCUAAAGCCAACAUUUUUGGCCGGCGUCCCGCGAGUCUUUGAACGAAUUCAUGAAGGAGUCCUACAAGCUGUUGGAGAACUGAACUGGAGGAGGAGAAAGAUUUUCAGCAUGCUUUACAAAUACAAGCUUUACUGGUUGAACAAAGGAUACAAACAGAAGGAUGCAUCACCCCUGGCAGAUCUACUAGCUUUUGGGAAGAUCAAGAGCAGGUUAGGUGGCAGACUACGUCUGAUUGUCUCUGGCGGUGCAGCAUUAAGCAGUGAAGUCGAGGAGUUCCUUAGAGUUACUUCCUGUGCUUUCGUAGUACAAGGAUACGGGUUGACUGAGAGUUGUGGAUUGUCGACACUUGGCUUUCCAGAUGAGAUGUGCUUGAUCGGAACAGUGGGUUCCUCUUUCGUUUAUUCGGAGGUCCGUUUGGAGGAAGUUGCAGACAUGGGAUACGAUCCGCUGGCCCAACCCUCACGCGGCGAGAUAUGCCUUCGCCCAAAAACACCAUUCGCCGGAUACUACAAGAACCCCGAAUUGACAAAUGAAGUCGUCAAGGAUGGAUGGUUUCACACAGGUGACAUAGGAGAGAUGCUGCCAAAUGGAAUUAUAAAAAUCAUUGAUCGAAAGAAGAAUCUUAUUAAGCUAUCUCAGGGGGAAUAUGUUGCCGUUGAGUAUCUGGAAAAAGUUUACACCAUUACACCCAUCAUAGAAGAUGUAAGCAUCGAGUUUAGUUCAUAUUCAAUUUGGGUGUAUGGAGACAGCUUCAAGUCCAUGCUCGUCUCGGUUGUGGUACCAAAUGAAGAGAACACCUUAAAAUGGGCUAAGCAAAACGGCUUCAAAGGCUCCUUUUUGGAUCUAUGCUCUCUUGACCAGCUCAAAGACCAUAUUAUCCUCGAGCUAAAAUCCACAGCUGAGAGAAAUAAAGUCAGUUGUGUUAAUCCUGUGAAAAUUAGGGAUAAAUAUGUACUUACAUGCUAUCCAAAUUGUUUAUCCUAUCAGGGGUGCAAUCUGCGAUCUUAACUAUAUGCGAACAUUUCUCGAUAUAUAUUUAUUUUUUGACAAAAAAUUUAGAUCUUGAGUUCUCAGUUAGCUACUUUAAUUAUCCCUGUGAACUAUUUUAUGUCAUUGACUUCAAGAUGUAAACUUUUUUCAACUAGUGAAAUAAAACAUUGGGUUCAUUUGAAAACUCCCUCAUAUCUGACUUCUAAUGGUCAUUCUCUGAG